UUGAAAAUGGACAUUGAUUCCGAUGAUGGAAGUUUGUUUGCAGAUUCAGAUGAAGAAAUCAUUAGUUCUGAUUCUGAAUCAGAUGACGAUACAAUUACUGCGAAUAAAGUUCAUUUGGACUUGAACGACGCCGACGUACGAAAAUGGUGUGCUAUAGAUAUUUCGAAAAAGAACGUCGCUCCUCUUAGGUAUCCGUUUACGGGAAACAGUGGAAUAAAAUCAGAUAUUUGCGACCCAGAUGAUGUUUUGGAAUUAUUUCAGUUAUUUUUUGAUAAAAACAUUAUGGAAAGUAUUGUUAAGGAGACUAAUUUAUAUGCAGAUCAGUAUUUCGAAAAGACUGUUUUAACUCCCUCAUCCAGAUCAUUAAAAUGGGAAAAUACAACUGUAGAGGAAAUCAAUAGAUUUAUUGCCAUUUUACUUCUACAAGGGAUAAAUGGUAAACCUGUAGAAAGAUGGUAUUGGUCAAAAAGACCAAUUUUAUCCACCCCUGUUUUUGGCCAAAUAAUGAGUUCAGAAAGAUACUCAUUAAUCAUGAAGUUUUUACACUUCGAAAACAAUGAGGAUUUUCAUCCCAAAACACAUCCUAAGCUGAAGAAAAUAUAUCAUCUUCAUAAAAAUCUCGUGAAAAAUUUUCAGAAGGUGUAUAAGCCAAAACAAGAAGUUACGGUGGGUGAAUCCUUAUUGGGAUAUAAAGGCUUACUUGGUUGGAAACAAUACUUUCCAACAAAACGUUCUAGGUUUGGGAUAAAACUCUGUCAGCUUUGUGAAUCCGACAGUGGAUACAUUUGGAAUUCCAUCAUUUAUACUGGAAAGGGAACAUUAUUCGAUGAGAAAUAUGAUCAUAUGAAUACUUCUACAAAGAGUGUCCUGUCCCUCAUGGACAAUUUACUCGGGCAAGGAUAUGCCUUAACAACUGACAAUUUCUAUACGUCCCCUGAACUGGCUGAGCUAUUGAUUAAAGAAAAAACAGAACUUUAUGGCACAAUGAAAGCUAACAGAAAAGGUUUGCCACCAAGUUUAAAAACAACAAAGUUAAAAAAAGAUGAAAUUAUGGGAUUUCAAAAAGGAAAAAUAUGCGUAUUGAAAUGGCAGGAUAAAAAACCCUUGUGCAUGCUUAGCACUUGCCACACCGCUGAGUUAAUCGAAGUAUCAUCUAAUACAAAUGGCACAGUUCGAAAGAAGCCCACCGUUGUUGUUGAUUACAACAAAACAAUGAGUGGGGUGGAUCAUUCUGAUCAAUGCCUAUCAUACUAUUCCAUAACGAGAAAUCAACAAAGAAAAUAUUACAAAAAAAUCUUUCGUUAUUUACUGAAUCAGGCAGUAUGGUUGGUUGGUUGA